AUGACGAUGGAGGACAUGAACGCGUGCACUCAGUGCGGCUUUAUGACAAAUAAUUUUAGUGAUUUCAAGGAGCACAUUGAACAGCAUGAAAGUGAGCGACAUCUUACUACCACAAAUACUAGUAGUCGGCAGGAAGGGAUAGGGAUGAGUAUUUCGGAUCAAGGUGAAGAAUGGAUUGGUGAAAUAGAUGGAGGGGGAGCGCUUUGCAUGAAUGGAACGAGGAUUUGGACGAGUUGUCAUCAACGCCGAACCUGUCAUCCCCCGAGCAGUUUUCUCCGGCGGCCGCCUCUUCACCACCAGUCUCCGGUAAUAAUAGCACCUCCAAAACAACAACCACAACCACCAAUAGCAACAGCAGCAGCAGCAAAACUAUGCAUCCAGAAAGCGAAUAUGCAUCGUCAUAGAAUGCGGCAUACGGGCGUUAAACCGUAUCAGUGUCGGUACUGCCUGAAAAAAUUUUUUCGGAAAGAUCAGAUGCAAGAACACUCGAUGACCCAUAUAAAAACGGGGGCUGAUUUUGAUUGUCCAGUUGCCCUCUGUGAUAAGCAAUUCAGUCAACACGCAAGCUUGCGAACACAUCUAGAUGAAGCGCAUGCUAUCGCACCAUCAACUCCCGCAUCAUGUAAACGAUGCUCACUACUGUUUGCAAACUCACGACGUCUUCUGUUACACUAUCAAACAAAACACGAUGAGGGUGAUACAUCGAAUGUUGUUGUAACGUCGCCAGUGAAACCUAAAUCUGAGAAUAAUGCAAAGGAUAUGUAUACGUUUACGUCACCAAUAUCUAAGAAACAACGGCGCACAAGUGCGCAAACUAUUUUUGCCGCAAUUCAGGACCAAUUGAAAUUUAUUAAACAGGAAUCCAUGAAACCGUCCAUUAAUGAAGAUGUGCCUCGAUGUAUGGAUUAUGAGCAGACUGGAUAUGGUAUGACAAAUGAAGAAUGGUUAUUGUCCCUAUCAAAUGUUAAUACUCCAGCACUUAUUACGGAUAUAAAACCGGAAACAGCAUUGCAGCAGUUAUGGACACGAACAAGUAAUGCUGGUAGUGAGAAUACAGAAGAUCAGUCUCAUUCUCCCUCAGUUGACAGUGGAAGUAGUAGUGCUACCGAUGGUGAAGGCGGAGACAAGGAGCAACAGGAAUGCAUGCAUUGUGGGAUGAUUUUUAUGGAUCAGACAUUGUAUCUUUUGCAUAAAGGAUUGCAUUCCGAUUCUGAUCCAUGGAAAUGUAACUUAUGCGGUCAUGGUUGUGGCGAUAAGUACAUGUUCACAACACAUGUUAUCAGUUCCGAUCAUAGUUGCUAA